AUGAAGACAUUAUAUCAGCUCGCCUUUGACGCAGUGCCAAACAAGGGUUUAAUGGCAGAGACGUUUCUUGUUCCUUGGCAUCCAGUUGCCCAACAACUUCAAGCUCAGCAAUACAUUGAAGACAGAAAUAAGUACAGAGAACAACAUCGCGUCAAUUUCAGGUUUGUCUACGCAGAUUUGUGUUUUAUCGAAGCCUUGUUUUCAAACUCAAAAAUUUACCCGAGCAAUGUUGCGUUUUUAAAUCGAUUGUGGAAACAAAUCGAUGAUUUACUUUAGUUCAUGUUGUGUUUUUAGACCGAUUCUGGAAUCCCUGUUUUGGAUUAGAGGUUGCACAUGGUUAAGUGUGAAGACCAAAUGUUGUAUGAUUGAACUGUAAAACGUAUUUUUAAACGCGCUUGUUGAAUGUUUUAUUUUUAGAAAUUGUUUGAAUCAGUUGAAACUUCGAAGAUGGAACAUGUAUUGCCAUAAAACAGAAUGGAUUCCCGUGAAUGGGAAGAUACCUAUGUGUUCCCAAUGUAAAAGAAUUAAAACAACGCAGUAA